UUCGAACUCGAAUCAAUGUCUUUGCUGGUUCAAAGCCCUAGGUAUUUCGGUAGCCCAGGUUAAGCGAAUGCCACGGUGUCAUCGAAAACACAACGCGGUUACGAUAGUGAAAUAUACGGCUAAUCGGCAAUUUUGGUCUCGUGAGAGAGCAUUGCGCUGCUAUUUGGCUUCGCAUUACACCGUAGUUUCUGGUUAACUCACAGGCGACCUCAACACAAUUACAGGCCGUCGGUCUGCACCAGAAUUGAGAUAACGAAACGCAAACGGAGCCAACGUCGCAAUAACUAUUUGACGCUUCCCUUCGAAUCAUACAGGAAGGAAGUGGAUAGGGAAACGUUGUGUUGCAUACCAAUUUCCAUAGAGAUCACGCGAUCCCAAAUUUACUUUGUCGUAUCGUGAGACCCAUUUUCGUUUCGUUUUUUUCUCAAAUGCAAUAACGCAACCUGUACCAACGUAUUAUGUGCAUAUAUCUUGUUAGUUCUGUCCAACGUUUUUCUGUUUGGCACCAAUCUCUGCAAAGUGCAACAAUAUGUUCAUUAUAUUAUAAAAUUAGAUUAUUAUAAAGAUCGAUUGAUACUUUACGAACACCGCGUACACAUGUGAUACAUACAAAUGUAGAUACGGUAAGAAAGCCGUAGGGUACUAUACGGAAGAGGUUUCGAGUGCCGUAUGUCAAGAGUUCUAGGAAGGGUCUGCACUGAUUCGCUGGAGACCCUUAAGUUCGAAUUCGGUAACUCUCAUCUGGUAGAAGCGCAGAAGUUCGGAUACUUAACCUAAAUUUGCUAAUUGAGACACUACAUGCAAAGCACGACAUUUUAGUGGCGAUAAUCGUCUGUCAGCAACUUAAUUCCAAUAUAAAUGUUGCUUACCUGUUUUCUCCUUCUUAAGCAAAUUGUCAUAUUCGUUGAAGUGAAAAUUGAUCGCUCAGAGGAUCGAUUAAUUAUUAUUUUUCACGAUAGUUUCAACGUUCAAAUGAAGUAUCAAAAGUUCUAAUACUUAACCUAAAUUUGCUAAUUGAGACACUACAUGCAAAGGACGACAUUUUAGUGGCGAUAAUCAUCUGUCAGCAACUUAAUUCCAAUAUAAAUGUUGCUUACCUGUUUUCUCCUACUUAAGCAAAUUGUCAUAUUCGUUGAAGUGAAAAUUGAUCGCUUAGAGGAUCGAUUAAUUAUUAUUUUUGACGACAGUUUCAACGUUCAAAAAUAACCUCCAAACACGUUGAAAUCUGUUGUGCUACGUACGUUACGAAGAGUCUAUUUCACAGAUUACUACAUCGUGUAACGAAUGACAGAAUUAUUCGUACAUUGGUCAGUAAAAACAAGCAGCGUUCGCAGCGUUUCGGUAAAACAUCGAGUAUUCGUAGAAAUCGGACGUUAACCUCGUUUUGUUUGGUUAAUCUCGUUGCAGGUUCUGCCGCGUUCCUGGCGUCGAUAAGAAAGGGUGGCUAAUUGGUUAGAUCGCGUUUGCGUCGGUAAUUAGGAAACCGGCAAAUCGGCAGGAUGACUUAUCCCGAAAAUUGCCGUGUUCUCUCGGGGUCUCGUUGCGGCAGCGUUGCUGCUCGGCGGAUUUCACGUAGCCGAGAGGAGAGCUACUGCACGGUGAUUCGCUCGCGUCGAACGCACACGAGCGCAAGGUUAAGACGGAUGCGUGAACGUGCACGGGGAGACACACGUAUCGCGUAUCCGCGGCAAUAUAGCCAGUAGGCGUAGAGAGGAAGGCGCGUGCGUGCAGGCCUUGCUGGCAAUUGUAGUUAAUUUAACAAGAGUCGAAGCAACGAGUGGCUGUCGUUGCUGGUCAGUUCGCGCGGCCGAGUCCUUCUCGACUGGUGGUCGCGACCGAUCCAUGAGAAUUCUCUCGCGGUCGUCGAAACCGCGCGGCAUCGCGUCGAUCAACCGACCGCCGUGAUUUCCCGUCGAGACACCCGCGACGCCUUUAGUUUCGUACGACCAGGACAAACAAAAUAUUCCUUUUCCAGACCUCUCACAGUUCUCUCUUCUCGCGGCUCGUUCAAGCUCUGGUGCAGCGACCAAGUCGUUUCUAAUCCGUUCCCGGUCAUUUCGCAACGGACCGCGACCUCGACCGACUCGAAACAAGUCGACGCCAGCUGUCGGCGCGGAACGAUCUCUCGAUUCCUCGUUCCGAUCCGUUCGUUUCGCAGUUCUCGUUUCCGAGCUUGUUCUCCAAUUCGCUCGUUGAAGUCUGCGAAUCGCGGACGAGCAACACGGAGGCGUAACAUUGAUAAAUUUAUUCAAAUAUUAUUUGCCGAAUCCCGACAACGAUCUUUCUGAUCGUAGAUCGUUUUUUCUCGGAGAUCGUUUAGGAAACCGUUCUUCGCGUGAAGUCGAUAAAGUAGAAAACGCCAAUCGAGGGAAUUUAGAUGCUUCAAAGUUGCAAUUAAUACCGAUAACCGCCACGGAGCGCCCCCUUUCCCCUUGUUCUCGUUGCGUAGGACUGCCGUAUAAUAAUUGGUACUAGCCGAUCAGUAAGGUAGCCGCAUUUCGAGGUGUAAGACGCGUUCGGAAGAGAUUCGUGUUCGAACGAGAGAAAGGACGUUUCUCGUUGCCUCGUCGUCUCGCGGCGACCUACGGAUAUCGAACUCGCGUUCCUCUCUCUCCUGAGAACCAUUGGUGCUCCUGCGUGCCGACAUCGUCUCGUCCAUCCUAUCGUUCGUUACUUACGAGAUUUUACCAUCGAACGUGACAAUAGAAAGGCUGUAAGGCGCGUGUCGAUUAUCGGAGUGUCUCUCCGUUAUUCCGUGCGCGAUUCAGUGCGCGUAUUAUAUGCCUGCAAUGUUUUCACGAGCGACGUCGGUUUGUUCGAAACAAUCGGACGAAAGUUUGUGUCAUUCGUUCGGCCGACGGGAACUCCGCGAAGCAAGUGGUUUUGCGGUAUAACGCCAAUGCUGGGAGAAACCUGUCCGGAAUUGGUGUUUGGCGUUUGCCUGGUGCAGUCUCCGAGCGGCCACAAGCUAUCCACGCACAGGAUAUGACAUGCGAAUCGCCUGAAGUGAUCGAGCCACACGGGGAACACACGUAAUCUAAUCCGCCCCACGCAGUGAAAACCCAACGGAAUUUCGUAAAAUGGGAAUUGCGCGAGGCUGUCGAUAAUACGCGGCCGGAUACGUGAAACGAUUACCACACGAAAUUGCGGCUCGCGAAAAAAAAAAACAAAAAAAAAACUUGUGUGUUACGGUCGGAACCGAAGACACCCGUCUCCGACGAAACAGACGAAACGGAAAAGUGAGGGAGGGAGAAAAGGGGACGAGAAAAAAAGUGAGAGAGGGAGAGUGAGAGAGAAAGAGAGAGAUACCAGCGAACUUGACGGAUUACGCAGAAAAAAUGUUCAAGCUCGCCGGACGCCAAGAAUGGGAAGCUUUGACGAAAGACAUACGGCUACAGCUGAACGAACAGCUGAGAUGUCUCGACGUCCGGAUGGAGGCGCAAGUCGCCCUCGUCGCGGAGCUUCAGGAUUUUUUUCGAAAGAGAGCAGAGCUGGAGCUCGAUUACAGCAAGUCGCUCGACAAGAUGGCGAGAAGUAUACAGCUCAGGCACAAGGAGCAAAAGCAAAAACGAGAACAGUGGCCACUGUUCUCCAGCUACGCUUGCUGGCAGCAACUCAUCAAGGAGACCAAGUCCUUGAGCAGAGACCAUGCGGCGCUUUCGGAAGUAUAUAGCACGCACCUCGUGGGUCGUCUAAACCAGGUGAUGGAAGACGUCCAGCGGAUAUACAAGCGUUGCCGUGAGAUAGGCUACGAGACACACGAGGAGAUCCUGCGGGUGCUGCACGAGCUCCAUACGACGAUGAAGACGUACCAGGCUUACCAAGCGGAGUCGAGGCAAGCGGAAACGAAACUUCGUGUCGCGGAGCAGCAACGCAGCAAGCUGGAGGUUGCGAACGCUCCUCCGGAGAAGCUCGCGCGCAGCAAAAAAUACAAGCUCAUCGAAAAGGAAGUGAACAAGAGGAAGAACAAGUACCAAGAGGCGAAGCUGAAAGCGUUGAAAGCGAGAAACGAUUACAUUCUUUGCCUGGAGGCCUCGAACACGACGAUACACAAGUACUUCGUGGACGAUCUGUCGGAUCUCAUCGACUGCAUGGAUUUUGGCUUCCAUAAUUGCAUCGCUCGCGCGUUGCUGAUGCACUGCAGCGCGGAGGAGGGCAGACAACGUUCGUUGCAGUCGGGCGCCGAGCAGCUGGCCGCCUGCGUCGGUGCUCUAGACUCCAGAGCGGACAAGCAGCGAUUUCUGGAGUCUCAUCAUUCCGCGUUCAUGAUCCCGAAGAAGUUCGAGUUUCAAGGCCAGCGAGGAGACGAAGCACCCGAACCCGAAUUGCAAAAGUUGUUGCACGCCGAGAUGGAGCAACGUUUGACGCAACUGCAGCAGAGGGUCACGUCCUUGAGAACCGAGUCCGAGGAAGUAUGGAAAACGUUGGAGACGGCGGAAGCCAGCCUCUUGGAGAUGCUGACAGCGAAGGACUACGACUGCUCGAGGUAUUUCGGAGAGAACGCCGUGCCUACGUCGAGGCCUCCGGAGACCUUGCAAAUCAAGCUCAGGGCCGACAGGCAAGAAACCGAAGAAUUCUACCUCACGAAAUUCAGGGAGUAUCUGCUUGGCACCUCCAGAAUAGCUAGACUAGACGCGAAGCAGGAAUACAUCAGGCAGAGCUUGCUGGACGGCUCGACCGCGAGCCCGAAUCCGUCGCUGUCAACGACCAAACAGAAACAGGCCCGGCGGAAACGUAUCGGGCGGCUGCAGAUGAACGGCCAGCCGAAGCUGUUCGGCGGCUCGUUAGAAGAAUAUUUGGAGAGCACGAAUCAGGAGAUACCGUUGAUCAUGAAGAGCUGCAUCAGAGUGAUCAAUCUCUACGGCCUCCAUCACCAAGGGAUUUUUCGGGUCUCGGGGUCUCAGGUGGAGAUCAACAAUUUCCGCGAAUGGUUCGAAAGAGGAGAGGACCCGUUGGCCGACGUGACCGACGCGUCGGACAUCAACAGCGUGGCCGGCGUGUUGAAGCUCUAUUUGAGAGAGCUAAGGGAGCCUCUGUUUCCUAUCAUUUACUUCGAGCACCUUAUGGAAUUGGCGCAGCUGGAGUCGAAACAGGAGUUCGUCAACAAGAUGAAGGAAUUGAUUUCGAGUCUUCCAAGACCGGUUGUUAUUGUAAUGCGAUAUCUUUUCGCAUUUUUAAAUCACCUUUCAGAAUUCUCGGACGAGAACAUGAUGGAUCCUUACAACCUUGCGAUUUGCUUCGGUCCGACGUUGGUACCCGUGCCGGAGGACAAGGAUCAGGUGCAGUACCAGAAUCAAGUGAACGAGCUGAUCAAGAACAUUAUCACGUUCUGCGAGGAGAUAUUCCCCGAGGACAUUGGAGGUACUCAGUACGAAAAGUACAUCAGUAGGGAACCGGACGACGCCGACGUGGGCGACUCGCCGACCGACCAGGUCCAAGAGGACAUGGACUCGGAGGUGUACCCGUCCGAGGAUGAAUCGGAAAACCUUGAAGCCACAGCGCAAUUCGAUUUCAAUGCAAGGUCCGAAAGAGAGUUAAGCUUCAAAAAGGGGGAUACCUUGACUCUGUACACGCAAGUCAGUAAUGACUGGUGGCGAGGUGCCUUGGCUGGUAGAGAGGGGCUUAUUCCCGAUAAAUAUAUUAUGAUCAAGAUAAAGGACGAGGAACGCGAGAAGGAACUCCUGAAGUCGUCCAGCGAAGAAUCGAUGAGAAGACGAACCUCGAGCUCGGCGGACAGCGUUUUGUCGAGCAACAAUUCGCCGCUGAUGGGCCCAUCCGGGAAUCCGUCGACGUGGUCUUCGGGCAUCGCGUCCGACGCCGCGUCUGCGACGGCCACGCCGACGCCAACGGCUGCGAGCGCGAUCGCGAUCGCGACCGCAAAUGCGGCCGCGGCCACGACCGCCGCCGACAAUACCGGGAAUAACAGCAGCGGUGUUGUCCCGACGCUCGUCACGAACGCAGCCUGCAUCUCGUCGACACAGCCGAUCAUCAGUCGAGAGGAGUCCGCGUCCCGAGCGGCGAAGAUCUCCACGCCCGAAAGGGAAAAUCGUAUCGGAACGGACACCACCCCGGUCUCUGUCAUCCUAUCGACGAACGAACGGGGCGACAACGAGAAGCUGUCGAGUUUUGCCGCCGAGUCGUCGGCGCAAAGGAGCGGCGGCGAAGAAAUGGGCACGGAGGAAGCGGAUCGCGCGGGUUUCGCCGGCCAAGAGAGCGGUUCGAAGCGCGGGUCGAGCAGAAAGCAGCAUUGGAAAUGCCAGAGUAUGGGGGAGACGGUGCAGCAGCAACAACAACAACAGCAACAUCAGCAGCUAACGGCUGGAAAUUCCCUUCAGGUGGGGGGGACCGCGUUGCCGCAGGAAGAGGACCCACAGGAACAGCCGACGUUCUCGGCGAAUCGGGAGCUUUGGCAGAGGCGAGCCACGUCGCAGACCCAGUUGAAUCCCCCGGUGCCGCCGAACAAUAAGAUUUACCGCAGCUCCCAAGAAUUCCGCGAGAUGCGACAGAAACACACGCCGGAUCUCGUGAUGGACUUGCCGUUGUCGGCGCAGGAUGCGAGCAAAAAGUCUGCCUCGUCGAACAGCUUGAGCAGCUCGGACGAGGAUACACCGGUGCAACCUUCGCGGGCCGAGGCGGCUACCUCGCCGACGGGCGGUCCCGAGUCGCCGGACAUGAGCACGGCCGCCGAGCGGUUCGCCAAACAGAAUCAGUGCACCUUGAAGAAGAACACCAAGACGAACCCGCCGGAAACACAGUCGAAGCUGAAACGGGGCGUCGACGCCGAGAACGAGCCCGAGCAGGAGCCCGAGGAGAUGGUCAGAUCGGCCAGCUCGAAUCAGAUCUCCUCGGACUCCUCGAUGCCGUUGAGGUCGCCGCUGCCGCCACGAUCCAAGAUCGAGCCCAAGAUCGUCGCCAAGUUCGCGGACAUGCACCUGACCGGCGGCAGCCAAGUGUCCUCGUUCAAACCGCAGGUCAAGGUCAAGCCGACGAUACUUAGGAAACCGGUGCUGCCAUUCCCGCAUCCGCACAUGAGCCCCGAGCUCGCGAGGAAGAUCGAGAAGCAAGCGCAAAGCGCCGAGCAAACCAAUUAAUCAUCCGGUCGCGAACGAUUCACCAGCCGACUUUCCCAUUGACCAGUUACUCCGCCCAUUUGCGAGGACUCGACGAUGCGCGUUAGUUACUCUAUCCGAGAAAAAGAAGUCAAGCCGGCCAGCAUCGUUCCUCGAUAUUACCUAUAGACGCAUACAUACAUACUUAUACGUAUACAUAUAUGCAUACGCAUACACGUAUAUAGUUGGUGGACAAAGAUGCAGCUCGUCGAAUCGACGCUCCGUGAAUGCGAGAACGCGCGAGAUGUGUUCGUUUCGAUGCGACGAGUCCUCGAAUCCAAAAAAGAAACAAAAACACUCCCAUUCAUCAAAACACUCGAGACUUUCUACCAUAUUAACGAGCGAUUCGAAUUUCAUUCGUGAUAUUUUCCAUGACCCCUCACCCUGGCCCUCCCUCCUCGCACCCCGCUAGAUCUUUUACAAUCACCCCCCCCCCCAAAAAAAAAUUUUACGAGUUUGAUAGAUUUUGACCACCAACUGUACAUAUUACCUAUACAUAUUUACAUAGAACGCGUAUCGACACGUUCGAGAUGUCAAGUGUGUGGCAUCUACGAAGACCGAUGCUGUCCUCGAGCCGAGUUUAUUUUUUCUACGACUAUUUUCCAUUUUCGCAUAAUUUUUUUACCAAAUGACCCGCGAAACAAUGUUUCUAGUCAUCGAGCGACGACGCGCGUGAGAAACGACGAGAGAAACGUGUUAACAAGCAAGAAAAAAUACAUCGAAGAAAAUACAGUUUCGAGUUUACAAUACAUAGUUGCUUGGACGAGCGAGAGAGCAAGAUGCGAAAGCGAAUGAGUGAGAUUGGGGGGGAGAGAAAGACAGAGAGAAUGCGACAAUUUUUGUACGAUGGACGUUAAAACGUGUAAUUUAUUACAAACGGGAUAUUUCUUCUUGAAUGUGUAUCUUUAUGAGGAUAUUUACGACAAACGUGUUCGAUGUUCCUUUGAAAUACUCGCGAGCGAGCAUAAGUUUCAAAAAACAAGCCUUUUUUUAGAUGUUUCUUUCGUACGAUUAGUGAGAACGAGUCUUUGAACGCACGCAAGAGAGAGAGAGAGAGAGAGAGAGAGAGAGAGAGAGAGAGAGAGAGAAAGCUAGCGAAAACGAAAGUGAGAGUUGAGUGCAUACGUAUGUGUGAAAGAGAGAGAGAGAGAGAGAGAAAGAGAACUUUGGGACUCUGAUCCCGUUUAUCAUCGUAAACGCUCCGACGCGUUCUAAGAUCGUUUACAAUUAUUAUACGACGACAAUUAUGUUCGAUAUAUUCACAAAUAAAUAAUAUACGUGUGAUGAGAUGCGCGCGCGUAAGUAUUUAACGGUUCGACGUCUCUGUCUUAGCUACGCGCUGAUUAUUCUGCUAUAAAUUCAACGAAAUAGGAAAAGUCUAAUAUGUAAACGUGUCGACGUAUUCAUGCCCUUCCCUGUAACCGACAAAAAACAUUAUACUCGUUUAUCAAAUAAUAUGCAUACAGUAUCCCGAUAAUAUCCGCAAAAGCAUUCUGCACACUAUCUUUCGAAAAGAGGAACGCCACCGAUGUCGAACUAUCAAUUAUCAUUCCCAUUGUUCGAUCAAAAUCAAUUGGCGUUGUGAUCCUUUAUCGAUACCAAUUACAGAUCCAAUAUUAAUACGAAUAUAAUCGCACUAUAUCCAGCGCAGUAAGAAUACCAAAGCAAAACGCGAGUUCGCGCCUCUUCUCCAUAUUUUAUCGUAUUAUUCAGUUGCAGAAACGCUGCGAAAAUCCUCGGUUCAAUACAAUUGCGAUCCUUUUUUCGUACAACUUGCUCACGGCGGUUGCGUUUUUUACCAUCCUUUCCCCAUGCUUUAUACUUUAUACUGAAUUGUUAUUUUCCGGAGGAUUCGGUGUAAUUUUACGCGUAAUUUAAUCCUUGUUACGUCUUUGCGUCGACUUUAACCAGAUUUUAGCAGAUGCAAGAGCCUAAUUUCACAUUUAUCAGUUUCCGUUAUGGUUCAUUUUUUAUUGAUAUUCAAUAAAAAACACUUGCAGGCUG